CGGUGUUGGAAGGGGCUGAAACCCACUGCCAGGCUCAUCCAGGGUGGCUGGGGGCAGCCAGAACUGGUGGCACUGUUGGCCAUAAGGAGCCAGAGGACACAGAGUAGGGGCAGGAGGCACUGCGUGCCGGUUCCUGUAGGUGGGUUUAGCCUCAUGGCUCCCACCUGCCCCUGCCUUGACCCAGGCAGAAAGGAGUUGUGUGGGGAGGGCUCCCCCAGCCCCCAGCAGGGGAGGUAAGCCCAGAAGCCAAGCAGCCUGGCCUCGAGGGCACCUCCCACCCCCAACCGGGGCUGCCCCCCCCCCCCCAACUGCUCACCCAGCUGCCUCGGCCCAUUUGGUUAUGCCUCCCUCAUUUGCAUGGACGGCUCUUGGGCCCAGCUGUGAGCUCUGCCCCACAGGGAGGUGGCCACAAUGGGCCAGGCCAGACUGCUGGACCCUGCCCUGCAGAUGAGCCAUGUCGGGGGGGGGCCCAGGCCUGCGAACUUUGCGAAGACACCCACAGCAUGCUGCUCACUUGCAGCCCCCGGCCCCGGCUACCCUGAAUACUGUCCACUCCCCUCAGGCCUGGAGGGCCUGUGUCCUUGGUGCCAAGCUGGGGCCCGCAGCUCAGCCUCACCUCCCCAGGCUGCAGAGAGGGGCUCUCCCCCAGGGCACUGGUCCCUCUGAGCCCCUCCCACAGCUGGAGACCCCAGGACCCUCUCCCCUCACUGGCCGCUGGGGGUGCCGAGGGGCUUGGGCCUAGGCAGGUGACAAGGUCAUCGUGGCAGUAGCCUCUCGGUGCCUGCCUGCCCAUGCGCCCUCGGCUACAGAGCCCAGCACGUGGGCAAACCUGCAGCCAGGUAAGGAAGAGGCGCCGCCCCCCACUGUGUGGGGCCCCCUGGGGCUUUGCAGGUGAGGACAGGCAAGGGUUUUGCUAAACAAAUCCGCUACCACCAACUGCUGGCCUCACUAUUUCUGCGGCUCUCAGGGCACACACCCGCUUGCCUCCUCCCGGAAGCUGCCGCUGCCAUGCUCACCUGCCAAGCCACCCUGGGCCUUGGCCUUGCAGCUGUCCUGGGCCUUGGGGCAGGGGCCCCCCUGUGCCUGUCCCAGCAGCUCAGGAGGCAAGGGGACUACAUGCUGGGCGGGCUCUUCCCCAUGGGCUCGGCCGAGGACACUGACCUUGGCAACCAGACGCAACCCUCAGGCCCCGUGUGCGACAGGUUCUCAUCCCUCGGGCUGCUGUGGGCGCUGGCCGUGAAGAUGGCCGUGGAGGAGAUCAACAGUGGGCGGGCCCUACUGCCUGGGCUGCAGCUGGGCUAUGACCUCUUCGACACGUGCUCGGAGCCCCUGGUUGCCAUGAGGCCGAGCCUCACAUUCCUGGCCGAGGCGGGCAGCCACGCGGUGGUCACCGACUGCAGCUACACACAGUAUCGGCCCCGGGUGCUGGCCGUGAUCGGGCCGUACUCCUCCGAGCUCGCCCUGGUCACCGGCAAGUUCUUCAGCUUCUUCCUCAUGCCCCAGGUCAGCUAUGGAGCCAGCAUGGACGGGCUCAGCUCCCGGGAGGCCUUCCCCUCCUUCUUCCGCACGGUGCCCAGCGACCGCGUGCAGCUGGCAGCCGCCGUGGAGCUGCUGGCAGCCUUCGGCUGGAACUGGGUGGCCACCGUGGGCAGCGACGACGAGUACGGCCGGCAGGGCCUGAGCAUCUUUUCGGGCCUGGCUGCCAGCCGGGGCAUCUGCGUGGCGCACGAGGGCCUGGUGCCGCUGCCCCGCGACGCGGGCCCGCUGCCCGGCCAGGUGGAGGCCACGCUGCUCAGGGUGCACCGCAGCGGCACGCAGGUGGUGCUGCUGUUCGCCUCGGCGCCGGCCGCGCGCGCCCUCUUCAGCCACAGCCUCCACUCCCGGCUGCCGCCCAAGGUGUGGGUGGCCAGCGAGGCCUGGCUGGACGCGGACCUGGUCACCGCGCUGCCCGGCAUGGACCGGGUGGGCACGGUGCUUGGCUUCCGGCUUAGCGGGGCGCCCCUGCCCGACUUCCCGGCCUACGUGGAGACCCGCCUGGCCCUGGCCGCCGACCCCGCCUUCUGCGCCGCGCUGGCCGCCGAGUCCCCGGGCCCGGAGGAGCGCGGGGAGGGGGCGCGCUGCCCGCAGUGCGACCGCGUCACGCUGGCCGACGUGUCGGCCCGGCUGCGGCACCACCAGGCCUUCGCCGCCUACGCGGCCGUGUACGGAGUGGCCCAGGCGCUGCACAACGCGCUGCAGUGCACGGCCUCGGGCUGCCCGGCUCGCCCGCCCCUGCGGCCCUGGCAGCUCCUGCAGCAGAUGUACAACCUGAGCUUCCGCGCCCGGGACCUGGCGCUGACCUUCGACGCCAACGGGAACGUGGAUCUCGGGUACGACCUGAAGCUGUGGGUGUGGCGCGGCGGGGCGCUCGAGCUGCGCACCGUGGGCGCCUUCCACGGCCAGCUGCGGCUCAACCGCUCCCAGAUCCUCUGGCACACGCCGGGCAACGCGGAGCCCGUGUCCCGGUGCUCGCGGCAGUGCAGGAGGGGCCAGGUGCGCCGCGUGAAGGGCUUCCACUCCUGCUGUUACGACUGCAUCGACUGCAAGGCCGGCACCUACCAGCGCAGCCAAGAGGACUUCCUGUGCACCAAGUGUGGCCAGGACCAGUGGUCCCCUGACCGCAGCACACGCUGCUUCCCCCGCAGACCCAAGUUCCUGGAGUGGGGGGAGCCGGCGGCUCUGGGGCUGCUCCUGCUGCUGGGCCUGGUGCUGGGCCUGGUGCUAGCGGCCCUGGGGCUCUUCAUCUGCCACCGGCACAGCCCGCUGGUUCGGGCCUCAGGUGGGCUGCUGGCCUGCCUGGGCCUGGGCUGCCUGGGCCUGGCCUGCCUCAGCGUCCUCCUGUUCCUCGGCCGGCCCAGCCCGGCCAGCUGCCUGGCCCAGCAGCCACUCUUCCACCUGCCACUCGCCGGCUGUCUGAGCACACUCUUCCUGCAAGCAGCCACACUGUUCGCAGAGUCGGAGCUGCCGCCGAGCUGGGCAGGCUGGCUGCGGGGCAGGCUGCGGGGGCCGUGGGCCUGGCUGGUGGUGCUGCUGGCCGUGCUGGCCGAGGCAGCCCUGUGCACCUGGUAUCUGGUGGCCUUGCCACCGGUGGUGGUGACAGACUGGCAGGUGCUGCCCACAGAGGCCCUGGUGCACUGCCGGAUGCACUCCUGGGUCGGCUUCGGCCUGGUGCACGGUGCCAAUGCUGCCCUGGCCUUCCUGUGCUUUGUGGGCACCUUCCUGGCGCAGGGCCGGCCCGGCUGCUACAACAGCGCGCGCGGCCUCACCUUCGCCAUGCUGGCCUACUUCAGCACCUGGAUCUGCUUUGUGCCCCUGCUUGCCAACGUGCACGUGGCCGCCGAGUCCGCUGUGCAGGCAGGUGCCAUCCUCCUCUGUGCCCUGGGCAUCCUGGCCACCUUCCACCUGCCCAAGUGCUACCUGCUGCUGUGGCGGCCAGAACUCAAUACCCCCGAGUUCUUCCUGGGGGAGGGACCCCAGGGGACUGGAGGUGGGGGUGGCAGGGAGGAGGCUCAGGGGAAAAAUGAGUGAUCUCUACCCCCCCCCACACCUGGGGACCUCACUCCCUGUGAACCCAGACCCGAUAGAACCAAGAGUCCCUCACCCAGCAGCCCCAGACCAUGCCUCUGCCAAGCUCCUCCAGUUCCGGAUUCUAACCCCAAGUUGGAACCUGACCCUAAGCCCACGGUGGCUCCUAGGCAUGUGCCCUGCACCCACAGGGCCCCACUGAGUCCCAGCCCCACAAGGCCUCCCACCAGCCCUGGGGAGUUCUUCACAGAGUGGGUGGGGGACACAGACGGCCUGAGACCCAGGUCAGGGAGGGGUCCCCAGGACGCAGGUGUGCUCUUCCUGGCCCUGGCGGGCAGAGCAGACAAGCAGAGCCUGGGCAGGGGCGCGGGGCAGCACCACGGCCAGCGCCGGCAGCCGGGACCCCUGGAGCUGUGAGCAGCACCACGGACAGAACACCGGCGCCGCACCCCACCCUCAUCCUGCACCCCAAUCUCCUGGAGUCGCCAAGUGGGAGAGAAGGGACACAGGCCACACGUCAGUCCCAUAAAAUUAAAAGCUUUUUAGUGUUUAAAA